AUGGAUGACAUACAAGCAGAUAUUUUAGGUGGUAUAAGAUGGAUACAAGCUACUUUAGAUGGUGAUAUGCAAGCCGAAUUGGAUAUUUUAAUUUAUCUUAUCCCAUUUAUUGGGGUUUCCACUGCUACAUUUGGUAGACUUUUAGGUGGUGCUGGUUUAAAUAGUCUCUUGGGAAGUGCUGGUGGUGGUCUAUUGGGUGGCAGUGGACUAGGUAGCGGUCCCGGAAUUGGUAGUGGAAAAGGUUUAGGUGGAAUUGGUGGUGGUGCCGAAGAUAAUUACAUAAGCAUUAUAGAUCAAUUAGGUCCAGGUAAAGUUAUUGAACGUGGAACUUUACGAAAACGUAUACCUAAAAGUGGUGGUAUUGCUGGUGGAUCUGGACAUGGUACAGGCGGAGCUAUUAGUGGUGGUGGUUAUAGUGCAGCAGGUGGAGCUGGUAUUUCUGGUGAUGGACAUGGUACUAUUGUUAAUAUUUAUGGUGAUCCAACUGGUGGAUUUGGAGGUGGUUUUAAAGAAAUUCAAGGUGGAUUAAGUGGAGGAAUUUCAAAUGAUGAUGUUACAGUUAUUAGAGUUAUUCAUGAAUAUGUUGGCUCCCAUGGUGGUUCUUAUGCUGGUGGUUAUACUGGUUCAACACAUAGUGCUGGUUCAAAUGCACCAGUUACAGUAUACAAAAUUAUUGAAAGCUCGUCAUACGGUGGCGGUGGUGGUGCGGGUGGUGUUGCUGGUGUUCCCGGUGCAUACAGUAAUGCAAUCAGUAGUGGAAGUUAUAGUAAUACUAUUCAUAGUAGUGGUAGUGGAAAUGGUGGAUGGGCUCCAAUUACAGGCCAAAAGGGAUGGUAG